GCGGGCGGCGGGGCUCGGCCAUUCCUACCCGCGCGUGCGGCGCUGCUGGCUGCUGAAUGCUGGCGUCCGGGGUGCAGGCGGCCGCAUGGAUCCCGGGGGCCGGUGGCGGAACCUGCCCAGCGGGCCUAGCCUAAAGCACUUGACCGACCCCUCUUACGGGAUCCCGCGGGAGCAGCAAAAGGCAGCGCUGCAGGAGCUGACGCGGGCGCACGUGGAGUCUUUUAACUAUGCUGUGCGCGAGGGGCUCGGCCACGCAGUGCGGGCUAUACCUCCCUUUGAAUUUGCUUUCAAAGAUGAGCAUAUCUCUAUUACUAUUGUGGAUGCUGUUAUUAGUCCACCCACAGUUCCAAAAGGGACCAUCUGCAAAGAGCUCAACGUUUACCCAGCAGAAUGCCGGGGCCGAAGGAGUACCUACCGUGGGAAGUUGACAGUUGAUAUCAGCUGGGCAGUAAAUGGAAUCCCAAGAGGAAUCAUUAAACAGUCUCUUGGCUAUGUUCCCAUCAUGGUGAAGUCCACGCUUUGCAAUUUACACAGCCUUCCUCCACAAGCCCUCAUUGAGCACCACGAGGAGGCAGAGGAAAUGGGAGGCUAUUUUAUAAUUAAUGGCAUUGAGAAAGUAAUUCGAAUGUUGGUUAUGCCUCGGAGAAAUUUUCCCAUUGCAAUGAUUAGACCAAAAUGGAAAACCAGAGGGCCUGGCUAUACUCAAUAUGGAGUUUCAAUACACUGUGUGAGGGAAGAACAUUCCGCUGUUAAUAUGAACCUUCACUACUUGGAAAAUGGCACAGUUAUGUUGAACUUUAUUUACCGGAAAGAACUGUUUUUUCUUCCUUUGGGAUUUGCACUUAAGGCACUUGUCAACUUUUCCGAUUAUCAAAUUUUUCAAGAGCUCAUUAAAGGAAAAGAGGAUGACUCUUUCUUGAGGAAUUCUGUUUCUCAGAUGUUAAGGAUUGUGACAGAAGAGGGUUGUUCCACACAAAAACAGGUCCUUAACUAUGUAGGUGAAUGCUUCAGAGUUAAACUCAAUCUUCCCGACUGGUACCCAAAUCAACAAGCUGCAGAGUUCCUGUUUAACCAGUGCAUCUGUAUCCACUUGAAAUCCAAUACUGAAAAGUUUUAUAUGCUUUGUCUCAUGACCCGGAAGCUCUUUGCAUUAGCCAAAGGAGAGUGCAUGGAGGACAGUCCUGACAGUAUAGUGAAUCAAGAAGUCCUUACACCUGGUCAGCUCUUCCUUAUGUUUCUGAAGGAAAAAAUGGAAGCUUGGUUAGUGUCUAUUAAAAUAGCUUUUGAUAAGAAGGCUCAGAAGACCAAUGUGUCCAUGAACACUGAUAAUUUGAUGAAGAUUUUUAGUCUGGGAAGUGAUCUUACAAAACGAUUUGAAUACCUUUUUGCUACUGGAAAUCUGCGUUCUAAAACAGGUCUUGGCUUCCUGCAAGAUUCCGGACUUUGUGUUGUGGCUGACAAGCUGAACUUCGUACGCUAUCUCUCCCAUUUCCGGUGUGUGCACAGAGGGGCUGAUUUUGCCAAGAUGAGGACCACCACAGUACGCAGGCUGCUGCCAGAGUCCUGGGGCUUCCUUUGUCCCGUGCACACCCCAGACGGGGAGCCCUGUGGGCUGAUGAACCACUUAACUGCUGUGUGUGAAGUCGUCACACAGUUUGUGUAUACUACACCUAUUCCAGCUUUGCUGUGCAACCUGGGGGUCACUCCUGUAGAUGGAACUCCCCACCAACCCUACAGCGAGUGCUACCCUGUCCUGCUGGAUGGUGUCAUGGUUGGCUGGGUGGAUAAGGAGCUGGCUCCGAGCAUCGCAGACUCUCUCCGUCAUUUUAAGGUGUUGAGAGAAAAAAGAAUUCCUCCCUGGAUGGAGGUGGCCCUUGUCCCCAUGACAGGGAAAGCAAGUCUGUACCCAGGAUUAUUUCUUUUUACCACCCCUUGUAGACUGGUACGGCCUGUGCAGAACUUGGAAUUAGGCAAAGAAGAACUAAUUGGAACUAUGGAACAGAUCUUCAUGAACGUCGCCAUCUUUGAGGAUGAGGUGAUUGCUGGAGUCACCACACACCAGGAGCUCUUUCCUCACAGCCUGCUGAGUGUGAUCGCCAACUUCAUCCCUUUCUCCGAUCACAACCAGAGUCCACGGAACAUGUACCAGUGCCAGAUGGGUAAGCAAACUAUGGGCUUUCCACUUCUCACUUAUCAAGACCGAUCAGAUAAUAAAUUGUAUCGUCUUCAGACUCCACAAAGUCCCUUAGUGAGACCUUACAUGUAUGAUUAUUAUGACAUGGAUAACUAUCCAAUUGGGACAAAUGCCAUCGUUGCUGUGAUUUCUUACACUGGUUAUGAUAUGGAAGAUGCCAUGAUUGUGAAUAAGGCCUCUUGGGAACGAGGCUUUGCCCAUGGAAGUGUCUACAAGUCUGAGUUCAUAGACCUCACUGAAAAAAUUAAACAAGGAGAUGAUAGUCUGGUGUUUGGAGUCAAACCUGGUGACCCACGGAUUUUGCAGAAGUUAGAUGAUGAUGGAUUGCCAUUUAUAGGAGCAAAACUGCAGUAUGGAGAUCCAUAUUACAGCUACCUAAACCUCAACACUGGGGAAAGCUUUGUGAUGUACUACAAGAGUAAAGAAAAUUGUGUUGUGGAUAACAUCAAAGUGUGUAGUAAUGACACUGGGAGUGGACGAUUUAAGUGUAUUUGCAUCACAAUGAGAGUCCCUCGGAACCCAACUAUUGGGGAUAAGUUUGCUAGUCGUCAUGGGCAAAAGGGCAUUUUGAGCAGAUUAUGGCCAGUAGAAGACAUGCCUUUUACUGAAAGUGGGAUGGUCCCAGACAUUCUGUUCAACCCUCACGGUUUUCCAUCGCGCAUGACCAUCGGUAUGUUAAUUGAGAGUAUGGCUGGGAAGUCUGCAGCUUUGCACGGUCUCUGCCAUGAUGCUACACCCUUCACCUUCUCAGAGAACUCGGCCUUAGAAUACUUUGGUGAGAUGUUAAAGGCUGCUGGCUACAACUUCUAUGGCACUGAGAGGAUGUAUAGUGGCAUCAGUGGGCUAGAACUGGAAGCAGACAUCUUCAUAGGCGUGGUGUAUUAUCAACGUCUGCGCCACAUGGUCUCAGACAAAUUUCAAGUUAGGACAACUGGAGCAAGAGACAAAGUCACCAACCAGCCUAUUGGGGGAAGAAAUGUUCAGGGUGGAAUCCGUUUUGGGGAGAUGGAGCGGGAUGCUCUUUUAGCUCACGGUACAUCUUUUCUCCUGCAUGACCGUCUCUUCAACUGCUCUGACCGAUCGGUAGCUCAUGUGUGUGUGAAGUGUGGCAGCUUACUCUCUCCACUGUUGGAGAAGCCACCCCCAUCUUGGUCUGCCAUGCGUAACAGAAAAUACAACUGUACCUUGUGUAAUCGCAGUGACACUAUUGAUACUGUUUCCGUGCCUUACGUUUUUCGGUAUUUUGUAGCUGAACUGGCAGCUAUGAACAUCAAAGUGAAACUGGAUGUCGUUUAACUUGAUGCUGGCCUUUUGGAUUAGGAGAUCUAUCAGAUUAAAAAAAUGAUGUUAUCAUUAGA